CAACCUGCUUUUCAUUGUGUGAUCACAUCUCUCCAGGGAACGACCAGCAAGAGAAAAAACAACGUAUUCUCAUUGUUCAAUACCAUCGUUCCAGGGAAGGACCACGAAGCAAACAACCUGCUUUUCAUUGUGUGAUCACAUCGCUCAAAGGGAAGGAGACCACAAAGGAAGGAUCAGCAUCAUCACCAUGAGAGCUUUCCAGAGCGGUAUUCUACUCCUCGUCUCCCUACUCUUUCUCAUUAACGACAGUGAAGGCCUACAAUGCUAUACCUGCAUGGGUUCUAGUGAUGAAGACUGCAAUCGUCAGGGCUCAAAAACCUGUCCAAGCUACUCUGACGCCUGCGCUGUAGUACGAGGACACGGAAGUGAGUUAAACAGCGGAGUGAUGAAGUCCUGCUCCUACAAGUCUUUCUGUAGCCAGGCCAACAGUCAGGGUUACCGGUCACCAGGGGUCAGAGUUCACUGCUGUUUCUCGGAUGACUGCAACGUGACAGGAAACGUAUCCAAGCUGGAAGGAAGUCUCAGCUACCUGUUGCUCCUCCUUCCCCUGCUCCUCCUCUGGAUCUAAAACUAAACAUAUAACCCAGUAACUAAACCCAGCACAAACCCCCCACCUACCUCCCUACUCUACCCUAAAACUAAACCCAGCACAAACCAACAGCCAUGCCAACUACCCCACCUACCUCCCUACCCUACUCUAAAACUAAACCCAGCACAAACCAACAACCAUGCCAACUACCCCACCUACCUCCCUACUCUACCCUACUCUCAAACUAAACCCAGCACAAACCAACAGCCAUGCCAACUACCCCACCUACCUCCCUACCCUACUCUAAAACGAAACCCAGCACAAACCAACAGCCAUGCCAACUACCCCACCAACCUCCCUACCCUACUCUAAAACUAAACCCAGCACAAACCAACAGCCAUGCCAACUACCCCACUUACCUCCCUUCCCUACCCUACUCUACCCGACUCAAACCCCACCUCUCAAAGCCUCAGCUACCAUCCCCAUCCCCACUCUGGCCGACUACGCCAUCUAACUCUGCCUAUCUAAAGUAUCUAAAGUAACACACAAUAAAAUAACCAUUGAUAUCACCAUAUAACCAACCCAGAACAAGUCAACCCAAACCAACCUAACCUACAACAAACCCAACCCAGAACAAACCCAACCCAACCCAAACCAACCUACAACAAAUCCAACCCAAACCAACCUAACCUACAACGAACCCAACCCAACCCAAACCAACCUAACCUACAACAAACCCAACCCAAAACAACCUAACCUACAACAAACCCAACCCAAACCAACCUAACCUACAACGAACCCAACCCAACCCAAACCAACCUAACCUACAACAAACCCAACCCAACCCAAACUAACCUACAACAAACCCAACCCAAACCAACCUAACCAAAACCCAGUCAUGCCAACUAACUACCCAUAUCUACUGUACCCACCACUCCCAAUCUAAGUACGGUCAACUAUGUAAUCUAACUCCUCGCCAUCCAACGUUCCCAGCCCUAUAGGAAACCCACAUGCUUCAGCAACACCUUCUCUAGCCUCCACCUACAGGCCUUCAUCCUUCUCUAGCCUCCACCUACAGGCCUUCAUCAUUCUCUAGCCUCCACCUACAGCUCUCCAUCCUUCUCUAGCCUCCACCUACAGCUCUCCAUCCUUCUAUAGCCUCCACCUACAGCUCCUCAAGACAUGCAGACAUCCUUAUAGCCUCCACCUACAGCUCCUCAAGACAUGCAGACAUCCUUGUCCCAUCCUUCUGUAGCUAAUUCCUUCACAAUCCUUCACUCUAAUCCAAACCCUGUCCCACACAUUUCAUUUAUUUUAUUCCUCAGCAACACACACGGCCAGUAAAUCAUGCUUGUGCGGUUCUAAUCUGGUACUCCUAAAGAUGAUUGGCUGGAUGUACAGGUGUUCAAGCCAAUCACAGUCCAUCUCACUAUUUAUCAGGUCUGAAUGUAUUUUGGAACUAUGGUAUUGAAGGAACUUAACCUGGUCCAAGAUGUGUUUGUGCUGUCUUGCCAACCUCCCAUGGCCGUUGUUACGAGUUGGCAAGACAUUCGUUUUCGGAAAUCCCAGACCCAGAGCAGAUUCUCUUGGUUGUUGCAGAGAGAGUCCUCUUCAGAGAGACAUCUCUCCCAACAAAUCAAGAGUCUGGGUCGGCGGAGUUUAAAUGUGGGUGGGAAUUGUGCUGUUUACACUGAAGGCAACAAGCGGAUAAAGUCAGUGACAUGAGAAAGCCUGAUGUCCCAACUCUGUCCUGUCUUCUAUGCCAAGAUGACAUUGUACAUGUACAGAGGUGUAAGAACAUCGGUACUUUGUGGGAGGCAACCUGUCUUUCUAGAGAGACUAGCAAGGCAGCUCAAACAUAUCUAGGUCCAGGCUACUAGACCAGCUGAAGCAGUUUUAAAAUGG